CCCAAGCUACUACUGAAUGAACAGACUGGACAAAGGCAGACAGACAUUUACACGUUCUGGAACUGCCAGACAGGCCAGCUUUUCUUCAGAAUGGAGUCUUCCAGACUUUUGAGAAUCCUGGUGCUAUCCAUCCUUCUAGUGAAUGUCCAGGGAUCUAAUCUGAGUGGCUGGCUCUUUCCAAGGAGAUGCCCCAAGAUCCAAGAGAGAUGUGAAUACCAAGAAAGGGAUGAAUGCACGACGGACGAAGAAUGCCCGGACAAAACGAAGUGUUGUGUCUUCAGCUGUGGAAAAAAAUGUUUAGACCUCCUACAAGACGUAUGCAAAAUGCCAAAAGAAACUGGCCCCUGCCUGGGUCUUUUCCAACGUUGGUGGUAUGAUAAGAAAUAUGAUACCUGCUCCACCUUCAUCUAUGGUGGCUGCCAAGGAAACAAUAACAACUUCCAAAGCAAAGCCGUGUGCCAGAACAUCUGCUCAAGAAAAGCGAUGUGUCCCAGAACCAGAGUAAAAUGCCUACAUGAAGAAAGGGAUCAAUGUACGAAGAACAGACACUGCCCAGAGAACAUGAAGUGUUGCAGAUUUGGCUGUAGAAAGGAAUGUUUAGACCUCAACAAAGACGUAUGCAGUAUGCCAAAGGAAUCUGGCCCCUGCAUGGCCUUCAUGCCACGCUGGUGGUAUGAUAAGAAAACUGAGAGGUGCUACAGAUUCAUCUAUGGCGGUUGCCUAGGGAACAAUAACAACUUCCAAUCUGAAGCUAUCUGCCGAAUCAUCUGCCAAGGCAAAAGUGAUGAUAGCCAGGACAAGCACAUGCUUUAUUGACCAAACCAGGACGCUUUUGAGAGUGGAAGGGGAUGCCAUUAAUUAUUACUUUGGGACAACAGGCAUAAACUGGGACUCUUACUAAAAAAAAACCACUCUAUGAGCCCCAAAAGUCACUCCACUUCCGUUCUCCCUUCCUACGAAAAGAUUUAAAAAUUACUCCAUCUCCUUUUUGCCAUUAACUGCAAGAUUUGGUUACUAAGGUGAGCAAGGCCCAAGCAUCUCACUCUUUUCUAUUCUGCCAUCUCGCAGAAUCGUCAUCUCCCUGGCUAGGAUAAGGAGAGCUGGAACAACCUCCAGGAUCUGGUUCAUAAUCCAGGGCUCUCUCCAUGUGUGCCUGAUUGAUGUGCCCCAUUGGCUUCCACUGGCCAAGUCUCAGCUGCCAAGACCUUGGCCCUUCCAAAAACCAAACCCCAGGAUUUUCUCACUCCCUUUCCUCCAGCUCAGCUUCUCUUCAAACACAAUGCCCUUCGCCCUUUGACUCCUUCUCAGUGUGUCACCGUAUCUCUUCAACUUUCAGGGCCCCCAUUUAUCCUUUGGAAGCCUCCAGUUCCUCCGAAUAAAGUGCUCUGUGUGGUCUGAUA